UCGGUCACAAUUUUAUCACUGCCGAUCCACCCCCACAACUAACAAUCUCUCUCUCUCUCUCUCUCUCUCGCUGUCGAAGAUUCUCUCUCUCUAGGGUUUGGGUUUUCUCUCAUAGACAACCUUUUCUGCUCCUCAAUAAUUAAAAGAAAAAAGAAAGGAUUGUUUUUGGCUCAAAAAGACUGCUGGGUUUUGAUCAUAUAAUUAAUAGUUAACAGAUAUGGAUUCGAGAAUCGAUUUUCUGAAUUGGCUCGAAAUAGACAUGUCAAUGAAGAUUCUUACUUCACUGGAGGAUCCAGCUGAUCUUGCCCGAAUCAGUUGCGUCUCCCGCACCUGGCGACAAUUUGUGGUAGAAAAUGCCCUUUGGAAGCAACUAUGCUUAAGAAGGUUUCCUCAGUUAUCUAAAGUUGCUCAUGUUGUUGAAGUUAAUGAUUGUGAGGCUAAUGAGCCUUCUGCUGGAUCUAGUAAUUCAAAGGAAUGUGAAACCUUGGAGAGGGAUCAUAGGGCAUAUGCUAUUUUAGGUCGAAGGUGUAAAGAAUUUGCUGCAGAGGAUUGUAUUUCAGAGGCAAUCGGUGCUUCCAGUACUGAUAAUUAUCCAGAAGAAAGUAUUGACAAUACUUUGGAACCAAGAGACAUAGUUGCACGGAGAGCUUCAUAUUGGUCAAGCAAAGGACAAAGUGAUCCUUCUGUGCCUGAGACACUGAUAUACAAGUUGGACUCUGAUUUUUAUGUAGUUACUGAAAUCAACAUUAAGCCUUUCAGAGCUUUUUUUCAGUUGGGUUUUCCAAUAUAUUCAGCCAAAUAUGUUCGAUUCCGAAUGGGUUAUCCCAAAAGUCCCUCGGAUUUAGUCAGUGAUUCCAUGAAGGAAUCAAGUCAUGAUGAUAAAUUCAUCUGGACCUACACUUCGCAAAAAUUCAAAAUGGCUAGAGAAAGUAUCUUACAGAAGUUCAAGCUCCCAGAACCUAUCCUAUGUAUUGGUGGAUUCGUGCAGAUUGAGUUCUUGGGCAGAGUACAGAAACAAACAAUGGAUUGCUUAUUUUAUAUAUGUGUGUCUCAUGUUGAAGUUCUGGGGCAGUCGUUAGCACCCGCUCUCGCUGUUGAGGAUCUUGAUCCGUCUGGAAGGUUUGUUUUGAAGAACAACCUGCAAGCAAAGGGUGAUUGCAAACCCGGCUUACCAAAAAGGAAGUCACGUGCAAUUACAGAGCAACGUGCAAGACAAUUGCAGGGUCUUAUAAAUGAGUUUGAAGAUUUUGAUGAGGAUUAUGCUGAAUACAUAUUGGCACUCGAAGAUGAAUCGGAUGAAGAGUUUGUUCUCUAGUUCCAAUGUAUCAAAUUUAUUGUUCUACUUUCCCCUCCUUUCAGGUUGAGAACAGGAGCCAAUCUGAAGUAGUAGGCGCCAUUCUAUUUGAGAUUGUAAUAUCUAAAAAUGCUUUUUGCUCCUAUGCAGCUUUCUAUCAUAAGUAUUACAAGCGUGAUUCAAUUUCAA